AUGGCGCCAGACGAAUAUUCCACUGGCGGGGGUGGCAAGCUCAAGCUCAAAGGCAGCAAAGUGAGCGACGGGCGGGUGGACAAGAAAAAGAAGAAGAAGGCGAAGAAAGAAAAGGAAAAGGAGACAGACGCCGAACAAGCCGAAGCUGAAAAGUCUCAGCGGCAGGAGUCGCGUGAGGCUGAUAGUGCUGAGCGGGCGGUUUCUCGCGAGCGUGAUGAAGAUGGUGGGUCUGGGUCUUCUGCGGCGAAGACGGAGGCUGAGAGGAAGUAUGAGGAGAUUCGCAGGAAGCGGUUACAUGAGCGACUCCAGAAAGAAGGUAUCAAGUCACACAAGGAACGUGUAGAGGAGUUGAACAAGUACCUCAGCCGGCUUAGUGAGCAUCAUGACAUGCCGAAGAUCGGACCUGGUUAA